CAAUUAUCCCAUCCCCAUGCUACUGGGGGAAGAUUUGGCCAACCAUGUGAAGCUGGCCAAGAGGGUGGGGAUGGUUACACGCAGCCAAGCCAGGCAAGCUUCCAGACCCAUCCCUGUUCCUGAGCCGUCCACAAGGGCCCUGUCUCUGUUACCAGAGACCCAGACAGAGGUGGUGGACCCAGAUCUCCUAUCAACGACUGCAACAGCCAUAGCGCAUCCAGUCCCCAAACCGGAACUGGAAAAGCAACCAGCACCAAAACCGUUGCCAGCACUGACGCCAGCGCUUGCAAACCCAUCUCCAACCUCAAUGCCAGAGGGCACCAGCAGGCCUGAACUGGCAGAGGCAGCAGACAACCCUACCCAAGAGGCUCAGCCUGAGCCUGAAAUAUCACAUCGUGCACCAGCAGAAGGCAGUUCACCAUCAACGAAAACAACCCCAUCACCUACAUCGCUUCCAGAAGGACUAAGCCCAAGUCCACAGUCUAAGGAGGAACUGGUGUCUCCAGCCUUAAGGGAACAGUUCCAGGCUGAGCAGGAAGCAGAUGACAGCCUCCAGAAAGCUUGGGCUGCGACACGGAGCGCUCCACCGCCUCUCAGCUCUUCUAACCGAUCCCGGUUUGUUGUAGAACAAGGACUUUUAUACAAGGAGACUCUUUCUGGUGGACACCAGGAAGACUGGCGUCCUCAAAAACAGUUGGUAGUUCCAACUAAUUUGUCAGUUUACAGCCCAGGGAGGAGAUGACGCUGAGUGGC